AUGGGAACGUGCUGGCAUCUCCUCAGCAACGAACUGUUCUCUUCCCGGAUUCCCGGGGCUCCCCCCACGGAGGCUGAGCGGAGCGACUUCAAGUCGCCCAGACUCAGGAAGGGCAUGCUCGACAAGGAGAUCUACCCGGAAUUGGGGAAGGUCAUCGAGUCGGUACUGGACGCGGCUGGAUGUGAGGACCUGCGUUUCCUGGAAACCACGAACCACAAGGCGAGCGACGGGAAUAGCGGGCGGAAGGAGACGUUCAACGACGCAGGCAUCUACCUGGACACGCCACUUGCGCGCAAUGCGACGACGUUCACGGCUCAGCACCGGAAGGGAAGCAAGAUGAGCGAGAAGGAGCCGGAGACUCGGCUGCUAGGACUGCGGUCGUGGCACUGGAUAGACGUCCCGGUAGAAGUGAAGGGGACGGAGAGCGAGUCCGCGUUUUACUUCAGGUCGAAGGCGAGAGGGAUGGGGUCCGAAGGCGGGAAGGAAGCAGGGGAGGUUGUAGAGAAGACGGAGGAGGAGGCAGACGAUGAGGUCAAAGCUGGCGACGGCAAUAGGGACGGGGUGGAGGUCGUCGGAGACGGGAUCGGUGCCGACAAAGACGAGGAUGAGGAGGACGUCGAAGAGGAUAGUAAGGUGGAAGGCGACGAAGAGGACGGCGACGACGACAACGACGACGACAACGACGACGACAACGACGACAACGAAGAUGACGACGGAGGCUCCCAGGCAAGGGAUGCGGACUCCAGCAUGACUGAGGCGGAAUCCGCCGGCGCGCCUCAGCCAGAGACCAUAAAGAAGCGCGUCGAGCCGUUCAUCAAGCUGUCCGGUAAUGGCGGGAAAGCCCUGGGUCAGUUCGUCGAGUACACUCUCAACGUAUUCAAGUACCAGCACCGCACCUUCUGCUACGCCGUCUACGUGUGCUACGACAUGGCCCGCCUCCUCUUCUUCGACCGGUCUGGUGCCCACGUCUCAGAGCCGUUCAGCUGGGUGGAACCGACGUCGCUUCUGCAUGAGUUCGUCUGGAAGCUUGCGAAGCUCGCGAAUGCGAAAUCUUUCGAAGAUAUGGGGCGCGACACCACAGCCAAUGUGGUCGACGAAGAGACACGGAGGAGAUUCCUCGACAAGGCAACCAACGCCGAACUGCCCGCUCACGUCCGGAAGGGUCUCGAGAAAGCGGCGGAGGGGAAAUGUCCAUUAUACGAGCUCGAGAUUGAAUAUAUGCCUCCGUCGCCCGAGGAGUGGUUCCCCGACGAACCAUUACCUGAUGCGCCACAACCCUCACCAUCUGCACCCCCUGCUCCAUCUUCGUCGGCGAGCUCCGCCUCCCCGUCUGCCAGCAAAGGCAAAGCUGAUUCUCCGGUCCGCAAGUUCAUCGUUGGUCGCCCACACUAUCGAGCGGACACCCUCGUCGGUCGGUGCACGAAGGGCUUCAUGGCCUUCGACGUGACUGAUGAGAAUAACUGGGUACCCUGCUUCGUGAAGGACUCUUGGCGUCCGUAUGUUCCAGGUCGCACACGGCCGGAACACUUGGUCUAUGAGCGGCUUCAACGGAAGGGCGUGAAGCCUGAAGACGGGAUCACGACGUUGAUCUGCGGCGGCGACGUCGGGGGCAGUAAUGCUCAGUGCACUCAUGUUCAGAAGGAUCUGCCAUCCAAGAACAGACCGGUUCCCCGCCGUCAUUAUCGGAUUGCUAUUGCGGAGAUCUGUCUGUCAAUCUCCGAGUUCCGGACUUUCGGAGAACUAUCCGGGAUUUUUGCGGAAGCGCUGAGAGCUCAUCGCAAAGCGUGGGAUCGCGCGGGGGUCCUUCACCGUGACAUCAGCGUGGGCAACAUCAUGAUUCGCGUUGAAAGCAACGGGGGGUGGACCGGGAUUCUAAUCGACUGGGAUCUAUCCAGAUUACAAUGCGAGCUUGGGCCAGGCGCAGUCGAGCCCGGCAGGACGGGGACUUGGCAGUUCAUGUCGGCCAUGUCUCUCAGAUACCCCAGGAAACCCUACCGUCGGUCGGAUGACAUCGAGUCCUUUAUCCACUGCUACAUCUAUCUCGUCUUACGCUACCACCCUACGGACACUGCCCUUCGGGGGACGAUCGAGAGCCUCUUCGAAGGUUGCCUCAUAGUUGGUGGCGUUAUGAUUGGCGGAAACGCCAAGCGCGCAAUGCUCCGCAGUGGUUACUUCGACGCUGUGGUCGAGGGCAACCCACGACUUCAACAACUCCUGGACAACAUUCUGUGGCACUGCAAGACGUGCUACGAGAGGAUCGAUUUCCGCCAGAUGAAUCGGCUAUACGGCCCUGUCGUCGUUGCUGCCCAAAGUCAACCUGAAGCAGAGGAAGACGUUCUUACGUCGGCUGACCAAGGACCAAGGCGCGCGACGGCUCUCCGACACUCUAGCGACGAAGGGUCAUCUGCCGAAGAUAUAGAUGAGGACCCUAUCCGCUCCAUGUUGCGUCAGCGGCGAGAAGCGCAGGUGUCGUCCCACGAACUGUUCGAGAUGGGACCGUUCUUAUCCAACCCGAAGAUGCUCAUCAAUCUGCUAGUCAAACACGCUGAGACGACGCUUAACCACCGCGAUAAGGCCCCUGAUCAGUUCUCCGUUAGGAAGCAUCAGGAGGUCUACCGAGCACCAGACCCUCCGGCCUUGCGCGGUAUCGGUAAGAUUUCUACUGGUGGAACCGCCCUCUCGGAUCGCACGUCCCAGGACAAUCGUAUUGCGAUGUCUCAUGACAAGGUCACGACGACUCGCCGACCGGAAAUCGUCGGAAUACCAUCGUCCUCCAGCUCAUCGAAGAAGCGAGCGCACGUCGAAGACCUGACGGACCGUGUCUGGCAGACGACGAAGGAGAUGAUGAUGACGAAGAUGGUUCUUCCGGUGGCCAUGACGCAUCCGCCGUCCGCUUCCGGCACCAGCGCGGGUGUGAGUGCAGGCGCGGGCACGAAUGCGGAGUGGGACACCGUCCGUUGGGUAUCAUCCAUAGUCGAGCCAGACUCCGCGACGAAGUAG